AUGCCGUCAUUCUCAUCUAGAAGAGGACCAUUUCCCUCAAAGUACCUACCCUUUGCUCUAGAAUCUGAACUCCGCCAGGGCGUCUGCGACGCUGUGAAAGAUUUCAGGCCUCCAGCAGGAAAUACAGCUCCGCAAAUCAUCAUCGGAAACCCCGAAAGUGGUUGUCACGGAACUUACUUUCGUAGCCGCCAUGGAACACAGUUUAUCUUUAACCACUGCAAAAUGAAGCACGUUACACAAUGUAACUGUCGCAUGAAAGAAGCAGUAGGAGAGGCCACGCUUCGACUUCCCGAUGACCUCGACGAGUACCGGAUCCGGCUGAUUCAAGGCCAGGACGUACCGUACCCGCUAGAGCCAAGAUUGGCAGCGAUGGUCGUGAUGAAAAUCUUCCUUGGAAUGAAAGUCCCGGCGCCACUAAGAAUGAGUUUUCUUGAAGAUGCAGAGAGACAGAUCGCUGAUGCGGAGCCGCCUAGAGAGGAGAAGGAGAAAGAAAAGGCGAGUCUAGAAGAGUAG